AUGACAUACCUAUGGAAGGCCGAUGAUUGCACCGAAAAUGGUGCGUUCAAACACAUUUGGCCACUACACUACCAUUUAUAUAAGAAUGACCUUUUAGCUGCAUCAGAUGAGCUCAGAAGAGGAGCAGAUCCCCUCUUUGAGGAUGACAAUGGUGUCAGUGCUCUGCAACUUGCCAUGAAGUUCCUAAUUAAGCACCUGAACAAGUGCUUGGCAUCGGCAGCUCCAUUAGGGAACUCUCGGCUUCAUGCAGGUAAUUUCCAAUCGACCUUAAACAUUCAUUUAGGUCAAAACCUCGGACCUGAUGCCACACCAGUGUUAGGAGGUUUAUCAGAUUAUAAUGCAGUUGGUUCUGGAAGUCUUGCAGAAUCUGAUGACAGUUAUGCCACUCUUUUGGACCAAACUAUCUCGUUUUUUGAUGGCUCUCGUGAUGAUGAAUUCAUACUGACCACCCACGCUAGACUCUUGAGAAGGACAAAGGGGCUCUUUUCAUUCAUCAAGCUCAUAUCUGAAAAUGCGAAAUUCAACUCUGCGGUUCAUGACUCUCUUUGCCAAAGUAUCGCAAUGUUGUCGUAUCCGUCUCUCUACGCUGCGGUGAUGAAUGUCUUGGUUUCAAAGACCAGAUUUGAGCAGGGGUUUUCAAAUGUAUGGGAGAGUAGAAAAGUCUACUCGUUGGCAAUGAAAUGCAGAAUAAAUGGAAUUUAUUUGCUAAAGUUUAUCACACAAAUUUCAGAGAUUUUCCAACAGCUUUUGGCACUCUUUCAUUUUGAUUUAUAUAGUGGAGCAUUCAAUGAAAGGUUUUCUUGUAGAUCCGGUCAUGUGAAACGAUUGACUUUGGACUACAUGAAUACCGAUGCUGUGGAACUUUUUGCACAUUUAGCAUUUGUAACGGAUCUACCCUUACUCUUUAACGCUAUGGUUCUACAACCCAAGUUUUCCCCGGGAAAACACGCUCGAUUUGACUGGGAUUCAGUCUUAUCAAAUACUCUUCGGAAUAGGGAGAAGCUUGGAAUAUACGCGGAUCCCUUGCUCCGCAAGAGAUUGGGUGAUAGAGUCGAAAGGGAAUUCGAACAGAGGGGACAGGAUCCCAUUUUUGUCUAA